UCAAGUCACACAUAAGUGAUGGGCCCUAGGUGCGUGCUGUGAUCGGGCGACAGCACACCCGCAUUGUUAUGGCUCGAUAUCAUACAAAGUUCCUACUAAGAUGACAUCAUCGGGGCUUCAUUCACUCGAAGACUCCUCCUCUGCUCCGCACAUGCAGUUGACGACCGAAACCGGCGGCGAAGCCAGCACGACACAAGUCAAAGAUCAGGCUUUGGAGGGAACCUCGCUUGAUGAAUGCAUAGAGUCUCUAAUCACACAAUGGCAGAUCUGUAUCGAUGAGUUGCACAGACUACAGCAGUUGGCCGAAAACUCUUGCAAACCCGUCCGAGGACUCAGCGCCCUAUUGAAGGUGCAGCAACGCGCCCUAGAUAAAGUCGUGCAGAAACGGAGCACACCAUCGGCGUCAACAACUAUUUCUCCUGCCCAGUAUUUUGGCAUCAAGAGUUGCUGCUGGGAAGACAGGUGGACCGUCGUCAAAAAAUGCCGCGGCCUCGUGGCUAUCAACAAGGAGUUUCCACGCAGCCCUCGUCUUCCUGUCGGUCCGGACGAGGGCUGGCUCGACUACAAGGAUCAGCCGUUCCAGGAGAAGACCGUGGCCGUGGAUGCCGUCGUUGACAGCGGAGCGACCUGGAUCAAGUUUAUCUCAAUAUCGCCAAAGAGUUUGGAAUACCAAGUCAUGGCCGAAGGAUGGGCGAGUGAGCCCGAGGAAAGCGAUGAUGAAGGCCAGGAUUGGUCAGCAGAGGGACUCGGCAAUACCGAGUUUGCCGACACGGUCAAGAAGAUUGUCCUGGCUGCGCGAUGGAACCACUGCCACCGCCUGCACCUAAUCCUCCCGGGGCUUCAGGAGGGCAAGUCUGCAGUUGUCGAUAAUAUGAUCAACUACCUCCGCCAUCGGAUCGGCGGACAAGACGUCUCAAUAGAUGUCAGCUGCGCUGGCAGUCACUUCCUCACGGAACCGCCCCCUCCUCUUGACAGUGCUCUCUCCGCAUUGGUCCAUGAACGCGAUCCGCUCGUAGCUGACGAUCGUGGCCGCUUGACUGAGACUCUCAACCUCGACCCGAGCGCCCUGGUUGCCCUUGUGACCGACCUCCACCACGGACCGGUGCCCCUGCAGCCGGUAUCGCAGCAAAAGAUCAUCGCCCGGUCGAUCCUCGAACACGAGACCGACAACAACGAGCUUGUCGCGCGCCAAGACAUACUGGCUACCAUCCUGUACCCGGCCUUGCGAGGGCGGAAGCUGGUCUGCACUCGGCUGGCGGCGAACUACUUCCGCAAACUGAUCGACGCCAUCUCCACGCACUCUGAAGAAGUGCGGGCGGGGUUUAUCCUACCAUGCACUUCAUCGUCCGAAGACGGCUUGGACUCAUCACCAGCCCAGCUGCGUCAGAGGCUCCAAGAAUGGUCCAGCGUGCCUGUCCCAGAAAACCUGCACCUCCCCGUGGGAAUAGUCGACGACGUUGACAUUCCCGACGUCGAUCUCCUCGUAGCAGCCGGUCAGCUCCCGCCCAUGGCGCGGGGCGUGGCCCGCGACCUCUCCCCGCUGAACCGCUCCGUGUACUGCUACGGCUGGGCGCACCGCUUGACCACCGUCACCGGCCACCGCGGCAUUGAGCGACAGGUCCGGCUGUCGCUGGCCAGGCACUGGACGCGCCAUGGGAACGACGAGCUCCCCCCGGAUAUCUGGCACCGGCAUCUCGGCGGGUACCUGAUCCACCGCGACAAGCCCAAGGAUUGGAGAGGUAUGAUACCAGACGGGGAGGAAGUUCCGAGCGAGGUUGUGCGCUGGACCAACCCGUGGACCACGUGGGGGAGGGGGAUUAGUACGUAUGGACUGCCGGAUACUAAGACGUGGGAGGGGGUUGGGCACGAGGAGAAGACGAGCUAUGGGAGGAGGAUGAGUGGACGGGAACAGAGGAGCGGUGGUGCCAGCUCUGCAGGUGCAUUGGAAAGGACUGCUGAGGAUGAGGACGAAGAACAAUCUUGACGCGGCGCUUAGAGGGAAGAGAAAAGAAUCCAGUCUUGGGUAUAUUGCGGAAAACAUUAUACUAAUAUAGCAAAAGUCAGGCUCCAACCGCCUGCAAGCAAACUCAACCUCCU